GAGUGCCUCGCGCUGUGAAGAAACCACUGCGCCUCGAGACUGGCAGAGAGGAACGACAAAAUGGCGGAGUGAGCGAGCUGUACAGCUGAAGCAGAGACGAGAAAAAGAAGACAACUACUGCCGAGGAGGAGACGAGCAGCUUCGACUCGGAACAGACUAACCACGAAUAAAUAAUACCAUCGACCCAGGAGAGAGGGGAGGAAGCAACAUCGCCAGGACAUGCAUAAGGCGAUAACAAAUUAGCUGGAUAUAAGGAUUGAUGAUAGAGAAAGAGAGGUCGAAGGUAUAGAGGAGGAAAUACCGUGUGGCUUAACCCCCUUUCUCCCGAAAAAACACUUACCAAGAAAUCCAUGAUUUUCAUUUCUAGUCGGUAAACAAAGCGGCUCGCUCUCUCGCUGGCUAGUUUUAUUUUUUAUGUUUCCUCCUGAAGUACGUGGUCGCUGACGGCUGUACCGGGACUCUAUGUUAUUGUAGCGAAAGACGGAAAAGGGCGGCGGAUUUAUCGCAGAAUAGCACCUCUUUUUUUCAGUUCGAGCGUUGCCGGCGAUUCAGAGGACAUGGCUAGCAGUAGCGGCUCGAAGGCCGAGUUCAUCGUCGGUGGGAAGUAUAAACUCGUCCGGAAAAUCGGAUCCGGGUCUUUUGGGGACAUUUACCUGGCCAUCAAUAUCACAAACGGGGAGGAAGUUGCAGUUAAACUGGAAUCCCAAAAAGCCAGACAUCCCCAGUUACUGUAUGAAAGCAAACUGUACAAAAUCCUCCAGGGCGGUGUCGGAAUUCCUCACAUUCGGUGGUAUGGACAAGAGAAGGAUUACAAUGUUCUAGUCAUGGAUCUUCUGGGGCCCAGUCUGGAGGACCUUUUUAACUUUUGUUCCCGCAGAUUCACAAUGAAAACAGUGCUUAUGCUAGCAGACCAGAUGAUCAGCAGAAUUGAAUAUGUACACACAAAAAACUUCAUCCACAGAGAUAUCAAACCGGACAACUUCUUAAUGGGCAUCGGGCGGCACUGUAACAAGUGUUUAGAAUCUCCAGUGGGGAAGAGGAAAAGAAGCUUGGCUGUUAGUUCUUCUCAGGACCCAUCUUUCUCAGGAUUAAACAAGUUGUUUCUUAUUGACUUUGGUUUGGCCAAAAAAUAUCGGGACAACAGGACAAGACAGCACAUACCCUACAGAGAAGACAAAAACCUGACGGGCACAGCUCGCUAUGCCAGCAUCAACGCACACCUGGGCAUUGAGCAGAGUCGCCGGGAUGACAUGGAGUCUCUAGGAUACGUGCUUAUGUACUUCAACAGAACCAGCCUUCCCUGGCAGGGUCUGAAGGCUGCCACGAAGAAACAGAAGUACGAGAAGAUCAGUGAGAAGAAGAUGUCAACCCCUGUCGAGAUUUUGUGUAAGGGUUUCCCAGCAGAGUUUGCAAUGUACCUGAAUUACUGCCGUGGGCUGCGGUUUGAGGAGGCUCCUGACUACAUGUACCUGAGGCAGCUGUUCCGCAUUCUUUUCAGGACCUUGAAUCACCAGUAUGACUACACGUUCGACUGGACCAUGCUGAAGCAGAAAGCGGCCCAGCAAGCCGCUUCCUCAGGGGGGCAGGGGCAGCAGGUAGUAACCCCUACAGGCAAGCAAACUGACAAACCCAAGACUAACAUGAAAGGUUAG